AUGUUACAUUUAAACCAAAAACAUAAUAUCAACGAACCAGUUUCAAACACAGAUAAAGGUGAACAGACGGCGACGACGUCAACGACAACACAUGUCGCUAAUGAGACCGAUAACGUGUUGCUAGGUACCGCGGUAGUAGAAGUAUUCGGCCUAAACGGCGAAAGAACUUACGCCCGGGCAUUGCUCGACUCGGGGUCGACAAAUCACUUUAUUUGUUCGGAGUUGGUAAACAUUUUAAGAUUAAAUAAACAUAAGACCAAUCAUAUUGUUUACGGCAUCGGGAAUUCAAAACAGAACGUGACUGCCACGGUAUCGUUAAGAAUCAAAUCGCGUGUGAGUGAUUAUGAAAUAAACACGCAAUUAUUAAUUGUUCCAAAAAUCACGGGAGAUUUACCCGCGCGAAGAGUGUCCAAAGGUAAAGUGAAACUCGAAAGGAUUACACUGGCGGAUCCGUCAUAUAACGUUCCGCAAAAAAUUGACAUAUUAAUUGGAGCACGUCAUUUUUAUGACAUUGUGGGUGCGCAGCAGUAUAAACCGGAUUCAAAUGGCCCUGUAUAUCGAGAGUCUAAAUUUGGAUAUAUUAUUUCUGGUUUAACAUCAAACGACACAAACAUAAAAAACACGAUUUCCUGUUAUUCAUCAAACAGUCACGAAAAUAUUCAUGAAAACAAAUAUGAGUCUUUAGAAAAUGUAAUACAACAGUUUUGGCGCAUCGAGGAUUACGGCCAAAGCAAACCUUACACGAGGGAAGAACAAACUUGUGAACAACAUUUCAAGCAAAAUGUUAGUCGUAGCGAGAGCGGUCGAUUUGUGGUACAUCUGCCGUUCCGCGGAAACGUCUCAAAAUUAGGCAAGUCCUACGACAUCGCAAAAAGAAGAUUAUUCGCAAUAGAAAGGCGAUUUAUAAAAAAUCCCUCGCUGAAAGGGGAUUACGUAAAGUUUAUGACCGAAUAUGAAAAAUUAAACCAUAUGACACAGAAUAUGGACAACGAAGAAAUCGAAGUGCCCGGUCGUAUGUGCUAUCUAGCUCACCAUUGCGUACAAAAUGAAAACAGUCUCACAACAAAAUUACGCGUAGUAUUUGAUGCCUCCACAAAAACAGAAAGUGGGGUUAGUUUAAACGACGUACUGCAAAAGGGACCGUCAAUACAAGAGGAAUUAAUUCACAUAUUAGCCAGAUUUCGCACUCACAAUUUUGUGGUAACUGCCGAUAUAAAAAAAAUGUACCGACAGAUACAGGUCUGUGAGAAACAUCGUGAUUAUCAACGUAUAUUGUGGAGAGAGAACGUUAAUGACCCUAUAAAGAUAUAUCGAUUAAACACUGUCACCUAUGGGACAGUACCUGCUUCGUAUCUCGCGACAGCUUGUUUACAAAGAUUAUCUGAAAUCGGACAAGGUCAAUAUCCAACAGUUGCACCAUUAAUUGCACGGGAUUUUUAUAUGGACGAUUUUAUCAGCGGUGCAGCUACAAAGAAAGACGCAAUCGAGAUACGCAAUGCACUUAUCAAAUUAAUGUCUACAGCUAAAUUAGAGCUAGGUAAAUGGGCGUCUAACGAUUCUGAUAUAAUUCGAGAUAGUUUCGGCAACAAUGACGGCUUAGUGGAUUUUCAAGAGACAAGUAACGAGUUAACUAGAAUACUUGGUCUAUAUUGGGACUCUCACACCGACGAACUUAAAUAUAAAAUUAACGAAACUUCGGUAGUAACGCCUCUUACUAAACGCAAUAUAUUGUCCGAUAUUGCCCGUAUAUACGACCCACUCGGCUUAAUUGGUCCGGUAAUAGUAUGUGCAAAAUUAAUCAUGCAAGAGUUAUGGACAGAGGGUUUAUCUUGGUCAGAACCGGUUUCAGAAAAGAUAAGCAGUGAGUGGUAUAAAUACAAAUCCGAAUUAUCGCAUCUAAAUGCAAUUAAAAUUCCGCGUCAAAUUACGAUAAACGAUAAAAUACACUCUAUACAAAUACACGGUUUCGCGGAUGCAAGUAUUAAGGCAUAUGGAUGUUGUUUGUAUUUACGUUGUACGGACAUGAAUAACAAACAUACGGUACGAUUAAUUGGCGCAAAGUCAAAGGUAGCACCACUAAAAAUAUUAUCGCUACCACGAUUAGAAUUGUGUGCCGCUCUAUUGCUAGCAAAGGUAGCAAAUAAGAUCGUACCAAGGUUGAGAUUGUCAAUCAGUAGAACAUAUUAUUGGACCGAUUCCAGCGUUACGUGGUGUUGGAUCACGUCAACGUCGAAAAAAUGGAAAACCUUCGUCGCACACAGAGUUGGUCAAAUUCAAGAGAUCACGUCUCCCUUAAACUGGUUUCACAUUAGCGGUGUCGAUAAUCCGGCGGACGUGAUUUCACGCGGUUGUUGUCCCACCCAAUUAGCGAGUUUAUCAGUCUGGUGGAACGGGCCGAGUUGGUUGUCACGACACGAAAACGAUUGGCCUGAUACGAUGAACCGCUCAUUAGAUUGUAACGAGGAGAGUGCAGAAACAAAAACAAACGCGAUAAGCGCUCUAUGCACUACGGCAAGUGAUAUAAAUAUCAUAAAUCGUUAUUCGUCUUUUGGUAAAUUGUUAAGAGUCGUGGCAUAUUGUUUACGAUUUAAAACUAAUUGCUCACGUAAAAUAAACAAAACAGGCGAUCGGUGCCGACGAAUCGGUAAUUUAAGUGCUGACGAAAUAAAACUAGCAAAAACGUCAUUAAUUAAAGUUGUUCAAAGGGAUGAGUUUGCCAAUGAGAUAAAAUCUAUGCUUAACGGAGAAGCAGUAUCCAGUAAGAGUAAGUUAUUUCGUCUGCGACCGUUCUUAGAUAAAAAUAAUAUAAUAUGCGUGGGUGGACGCUUAAAACAUGCAGCAUCAAUUUCGAUUUUCCAGCGUAACCCUAUAGUGUUACCAUCAAAUAGUAAUUUCACGAAAUUGUUGUUAUGUAACGAGCACGUAACACUAAUGCACGGAGGUCCACAAGCUAUAUUAUCGUCGUUACGCAUGUGCUACUGGCCAAUUAACGGCCGAAAUUUAGCACGAAAUAUAGUAAACAAAUGCGUGGUUUGUUUCAAACAGAAACCUAUUAUAAUGCAACCGAUAAUGGGUGAUCUACCUAAACAUCGAGUAUCUCCAGGCCGCGCGUUUCUAAGAUGUGGCGUAGACUUCGCCGGGCCGUUUAUGGUUAAAACUAGUAUCCGAAGAAAUGCCCCGAAAGUGAAGUCUUAUGUAAGCGUUUUUAUUUGUUUAGCCACGCGAGCUAUACAUCUCGAGCUCGUCAGUGACCUGAGCACCGACGCCUUUAUCCGCGCAUUAAAUAGAUUUUUUGACCGUCGUGGAAAAAGCAUUGUAAUCUACUCAGAUAAUGCAACGAAUUUCGUCGGGGCAAACCGGAAAUUAAAGGAAUGGUACCAAUUAUUUCAUAGUGACGAAAAUAAAAAAAGGACUAUGGAUACGUUAUCAGAUUUAGGCAUUGAUUGGAAAUUCAUACCUUCACCUCACUUCGGGGGUCUAUGGGAAGCAGGUGUAAAAUCUAUGAAAUCCUUAUUAUCUAAAGUCUUGGGUGAGUCGUACUUUACUUACGAAGAGUUGCUAACUAUUAUAACCCGAGCAGAGGCGUGUCUAAAUAGUCGUCCUUUAACCCUUAUGUCCUCCGAUCCUAGUGAUAUGUCACAUUUAACUCCCGGGCAUUUUCUCAUCGGUGACUCUCUCUCCGCCAUACCAGAAGUUGAUGAAACGAACGUACCAACAAGUUAUCUAUCUCGUUGGCGAUGCGUGUCACAAUAUUCGGAUAUUCUAUGGAGACGGUGGAGUAAAGAGUACCUGUCUCAGCUUCAGGAACGGUCAAAGUGGGCAAGCGAAAGGGGUGUAAAGCUGAAGGAAGAUUCCAUCGUUAUCAUGCGCGAGGAAAACCUUCCACCAAUGAAAUGGCGUUUAGGUCGGAUUAUCAAUGUCAUACCAGGGCAAGACGGUGUCAUACGCGUGGCUGAUGUGAAAACGGCGAAUGGAACAUUUCGUCGAGCCGUCAGGCAAUUAUGUCCAUUACCAUUUGUGGGUAAUUGUAAUUUGUAA